GUUCUGAUUCGCAAUAGUUGUAGUAUGUUUGCGUAAAGGGAAACAGACAUUCCGACUGCUACAGCGGACUAUCAGUGCUAAACUCAAUGGAUACUGGCAAUUGUUUGGUGGAUUCCGGCGACAAGUCGGUAGUCUUGUUUUUGGGCGGGGUCGCACUCCAUGACAAAGUGCCCCUCAAAAGAAAAUCCUAUUCUGCAGAAUACAAACUGCAGGCAGUAAAAUAUGCAGCCGAAAACGGUAAUCGGGCGGCAGGAAGACAGUUUGGAGUGAGUGAGAAACUUGUGAGGGACUGGCGUAAAAUGGAGGUUACUCUAACUCUAAUGAAGAAAACAAAGAAAGCUAAUCGCGGGCUGAAAGCAAGAUGGCCAGAGCUGGAGAAACGAGUGUACAGAUGGGUGCUGGAGCAGCGCGCUGCCGGGAGAGGCUUGUCAGCGGUGCAGUUACGUCUCCACGCUCUGAUAGUGGCCAAGGAGAUGAACAUACAGGAUUUUGCUGGAGGACCUUCGUGGUGUUCCCGCUUCAUGCAACGCAACCGCCUCUCUAUGGGAACACAAACAAAGUGGUGUCAGAAACGCCCUCUCGCGGCUGUAGACGAUACACGAGACAUGCAGAUGUCGUUUAUUAAAGAGGAGAGUGAAGACAUCAGGAUUGCAGAUGUGUUCAACAACAAACAUGAAGAUACCGAGGAACAAACAGAAAUUCAUCUGGAUUAUUCCCAUCAGUUUACAAGUGAAGACGAGCAUCAAAGCUUCAUUGAGAUAUGUGUAGAGGAGAUGGGAGAUCCAGAACCCUGCGGAAUCAAACACACUGAAGAUACUGAAGAACUAACAGAUACACGUGACAUGUCGUUUAUUAAAGAGGAGAGUGAAGACAUUAGGAUUGCAGAAGCGUUCAACAUCAAACAUGAAGAUACCGAGGAACAAACAGAAAUUCAGCUGGAUUAUUCCCAUCAGUUUACAAGUGAAGAUGAGCAUCAAAGCUUCAGGAAUAAAUCUGUAAAGACUGAGUUUAUUAAAGAGGAAAGAGAGGAGAUGGGAGAUCCAGAACCCUGCGGAAUCAAACACACUGAAGAUACUGAAGAACUAACAGAGUUGACUGAAGAAAAUGAGGACAAGGAAGAAUUGAGUGAAGUUGAGCACUUCAAAGUUGAGGGAAAAAAACACUUCAGAACUGGAGAAAUUUUUUUAAAAUGCUGUCAAAGCAAACAGCUCAUAUUAAGGAAAACAAGAGCCAAGAAUUAUUUCACCUGCAGUCAGUGUGGAAAGAGAUUGACAUCCAAAUACAAUUUUAAUGUUCACAUGAGACUUCAUACCGGAGAGAAACCAUACAAGUGUUCACACUGUGACAAGAGAUUCAGUCGAUCAGAUCACCUGAAAAAACACGAGAUAAAUCACACUGGAGAGAAACCAUUCACUUGUGUUCAGUGCGGGAAGAGUUUCUCACAAGCAUCAAAACUUAAGCGUCAUAUGAAAAUCCACACUGGAGAGAAACCUUACACAUGUGGUAAAACAUUUUUGUGUCCUACAAACCUGACUUCACAUCUAAAAGUUCAUACGAAGGAGAAAUCACAUUCAUGUUAUUUCUGUGGAAAGAGUUUUUCUUUACUACAAAGUUUAAAAUUACAUCAGAAAAUACAUACUGGUGUGAGAGACUAUGUGUGCUCUGAGUGUGAGAAGACUUAUACUUCAGCGAAGUGUUUAAAACUGCAUGAGAGGAUUCACACUGGAGAGAAACCUUACAAGUGUUCACACUGUGACGAGAGAUUCAGACACACAGGACACCUGAAAACACAUGAGAGGAUCCACACUGGAGAGAAACCCUACAUGUGUUCACACUGUGACCAGAGAUUCACUCGGUCAUCAAGUCUGAAAACACAUGAGAUGAUUCAUACUGGAGAGAAACCUUACAAGUGUUCACACUGUGACCAGAGAUUCAAUCGGUCAUCAAGUCUGAAAACACAUGAGAUGAUUCACACUGGAGCGAAACCUUACAAGUGUUCACACUGUGACACGAGAUUCAGUUGGUCAUCCAGUCUGAAAAAACAUGAGAGGAUCCACACUGGAGAGAAACCUUACAGGUGUUCACACUGUGACAAGACAUUCAGUAUGUCAACAAAUCUAAAAAUACAUGAGAUGAUUCAUACUGGAGAGAAACCUUACAAAUGUUCACACUGUGACAUGAGAUUCAGUCGGUCAUCAAGUCUGAAAAAACACGAGAUGAUCCACACUGGAGCGAAACCUUACAAGUGUUCACACUGUGACACGAGAUUCAGUUGGUCAUCAAGUCUGAAAAAACACGAGAGGAUCCACACUGGAGAGAAACCUUACAGGUGUUCACACUGUGACAAGAGAUUCAGUAUGUCAACAAAUCUAAAAAUACAUGAGAUGAUUCAUACUGGAGAGAAACCUUACAAAUGUUCACACUGUGACUUGAGAUUCAGUUGGUCAUCAAGUCUGAAAAAACACGAGAGGAUCCACACUGGAGAGAAACCUUACAAGUGUUCACACUGUGAUAAGACAUUCAGUAUGUCAUCAAGUCUAAAAAUACAUGAGAUGAUUCAUACUGGAGAGAAACCUUACAAGUGUUCACACUGUGACACGAGAUUCAGUUGGUCAUCAAGUCUGAAAAAACACCAGAUGAUCCACACUGGAGAGAAACCUUACAAGUGUUCACACUGUGACAAGACAUUCAGUAUGUCAUCAAGUCUAAAAAUACAUGAGAUGAUUCAUACUGGGGAGAAACCUUACGAGUGUUCACACUGUGACAUGAGAUUCAGUGUGUCAUCAAGUCUGAAUAAACACGAGAGGAUCCACACUGGAGAGAAACCCUACAAGUGUUCACACUGUGACAUGAGAUUCAGUGUGUCAUCAAGUCUGAAAAAACACCAGAGGAUCCACACUGGAGAGAAACUGUACACGUGUUCACACUGUGACAAGGCAUUCAGUCAGUCAGAUCACCUGAAAAAACAUGAGAGGAUCCACACUGGAGAGAAACCUUACACAUGUUCACACUGUGACAAGACAUUCAGACGGUCAGAUCACCUGAAAAAACACAAGAGGAUCCACACUGGAGAGAAACCCUACAAGUGUUCACACUGUGACAUGAGAUUCAGUGAGUCAGGUCACCUGAGAAAACACCAGAGGAUCCACAAUGGAGAGAAACCUUACAAGUGUUCGCACUGUGACCAGAGAUUCAGUGUAUCAUCAAGUCUGAAAAAACACAAGAGGAUUCACACUGGAGAGAAACCUUACAAGUGUUCACACUAUUACAUGUGUUUUGAGUGUGAGAAGACUUUUACUUCAGCGAACAGUUUAAAACAUCACCAGAGGAUUCACACUGGAGAGAAACCUUACAAGUGUUCACACUGUGACAAGACAUUCAGUCGGUCAACACAUCUGAAAAAACAUAAAAUUAUCCACAGUGGAGAGAAACCAUAUGCAUGUGAUCAGUGUGAGAAGAGAUUAACAACAAAAGGAAGUCUUUUGCGGCAUAUGAGAGUUCAUACUGGAGAGAAACCAUUCACUUGUGAUCAGUGCGGAAAGAGUUUUUCACGAUCAGCAAACCUUAAGGUACACCAAAGGAUUCACACUGGAGAGAAACCUUACAAGUGUUCACACUGUGACAAGCGAUUCAGUCAGUCAGGAGACCUGAAAACACAUGAGAGGAUCCACACUGGAGAGAAACCGUACAAGUGUUCACACUGUGACAAGAGAUUUAGUCGGUCAACACAUCUGAAAACACAUGAGAGGAUCCACACUGGAGAGAAACCGUACAAGUGUUCACACUGUGACAAGAGAUUCAGUGUGUCAGCAACUCUAAAAAUACAUGAGAGGAUCCACACUGGAGAGAAACCGUAUCACUGCACUGCAUGUGGGAAGCAUUUCAGUCAAUCUUCUGCUCUACACAGUCAUACAAAAAACAAUCACAGUAAUUAGAUCAUCUUCAGAUCCAGCACUUUCAGAUCUGAUGCUG